AUGUCAAGACGAGGAGGUGGAGGUGGUGGCUUUGGAGGUAUUUUUGGUGGAUUCGGGCAAAGUACUGCACGCUUGAUUAAUAAGGAAGAUAUAAAAGUUUCAUUCAAAGACGUGGCAGGAUGUGAAGAAGCGAAAAUUGAAAUCAUGGAAUUUGUUAAUUUUUUGAAAAAUCCGGGCCAGUAUAAGGCAUUAGGGGCGAAGAUCCCAAAGGGGGCCUUGUUGACGGGACCGCCUGGUACUGGUAAAACUUUGCUAGCAAAAGCAACAGCAGGUGAAGCAAAUGUUCCAUUCAUCACUGUGAGUGGUUCGGAAUUUUUAGAAAUGUUUGUUGGUGUAGGUCCAGCUCGUGUUAGAGAUAUGUUCGCAAUGGCAAGAAAGAAUUCACCAUGCAUUCUUUUCAUUGAUGAAAUCGAUGCUGUUGGAAGAAAACGAGGUUUGAAAGGAGCUAGCGGUCAUUCAGAACAGGAAAAUACAUUAAAUCAACUUUUAGUGGAAAUGGAUGGAUUCACAACAGAUGAGUCAUCAGUUAUUGUUGUUGCUGCAACUAAUAGGGUUGACAUACUCGAUACAGCUCUUUUACGACCUGGUCGCUUUGACCGACAAAUUUAUGUUCCUGUUCCUGACAUUAAAGGAAGGGCAUCUAUAUUUCGAGUUCACCUCGCUCCACUGAAAACGUGCCUUGAUAAAUCUGAACUGUCUAGGAAGUUAUCAGCGUUAACGCCUGGAUUUUCAGGUGCAGAUAUCGCCAAUGUUUGUAAUGAAGCGGCACUGAUCGCGGCUCGUGAUGCUGGAAGUGAAAUUACUCUCAAAGAUUUUGAAAGGGCUAUUGAACGAGUUAUAGCAGGUAUGGAAAAAAAAAGCCAGGUUUUGCAACCCGAUGAAAAAAGAACUGUAGCAUAUCAUGAAGCUGGUCAUGCUAUAGCUGGAUGGUUUUUGGAAAAUGCAGAUCCGCUGUUGAAGGUUUCUAUUAUACCCCGAGGGAAGGGUUUAGGCUAUGCUCAAUACUUGCCAAAAGAACAAUUCUUAUAUUCAAAAGAACAACUUCUUGAUCGUAUGUGUGUAACUUUGGGUGGUCGUGUAUCAGAAGAAAUUUUCUUUGGGCGUAUUACUACUGGUGCACAAGAUGAUCUGCAGAAAAUCACGCAGAUGGCAUAUUCUCAGAUUGUUAAAUUUGGCAUGAGUUCGAAAGUUGGUCCUCUUUCAUUUGAUUCGGCUGCACCUGGCGAACUUGUAUUUGACAAACCUUAUUCGGAAGCAACAGCCCAAUUAAUAGAUCAAGAAGUAAGAGAUUUGGUUAACUUUGCCCUAACGCGUACUAGAGAAUUAUUACUAUCAAAACAAACAGAAAUUGAAAAGGUUGCACAGAGGCUGCUCGAAAAAGAAAUUCUUGCACGUGAAGAUUUGGUCGAAAUAUUGGGAAAACGGCCAUUCGCUGAGAAACAUACCUACGAAGAAUUUGUCGAAGGCACUGGUGGUUUGGAUGAGGAUACAUCUUUACCUAAGGGGCUUGAAUCGUGGAACAAAUCGAAGAAUGAAGCACCUGUUACAGAUAGUCCCACCAAUAUCUGA